CUCGUUUUUAUUUACAUUUUGAAUUUGAAUUCAUAAAUAAAUUUAAACUUUGUGACAUCGUCUUGUGUGAUAGUCUUAUGAAGAAAGUUUUGUUUGCAAGUCUUGUGGUGAAAGCGAGUUUAUAAUGUUACGUUCCAAAUCGUGAAGACAUGUUUCUCGUGUAUGAGCCAUUUAGUGUUUAUUAAUUAGGUCCUACAUAGUAAGGCGUGCGGGUCAAAGGUUUUAUAAUUUUGUCGCUUUUGUUGAAUAUCUGAUCGAAGAUGGCUCUCACGAUCGAACCGAAGAAUGACUUUGAUUUUAUUCUUAAAAAUUUACUUGCUGGCGGUGUAGCAGGUAUGUGUGCAAAAACUACAGUAGCACCACUGGACCGUAUAAAGAUUCUGUUACAAGCUCAGUCCGCUCACUACAAACACCAUGGUGUGUUUGGUGGGUUAAUGGCAAUUGUUAAGCAUGAAUCUUUGAUCGCACUAUACAAAGGAAAUGGCGCUCAAAUGGUCCGGAUAUUUCCAUAUGCUGCAACCCAGUUUACCAGUUUUGAGAUUUAUAAAAAGUAUCUAAGCGGUCUAAGCAUACCAUUGGUACAGCACGGCGACAAGUUCGUGGCCGGUGCGGGUGCGGGACUUACCGCUGUCACCCUCACCUACCCGCUGGACACCAUUCGAGCAAGGCUCGCCUUUCAGAUCACUGGAGAGCAUCGGUACUCCGGCAUCGUACACGCCGCUACCACGAUAUUAAAGACUGAAGGAGGUAUUCGCGCUUUAUACCGCGGGUUCGUCCCCACAAUGGUGGGUAUGGUUCCAUACGCAGGCUUAAGCUUCUACUGCUUCGAGUCGCUGAAGUUCUUCUGUAUGAAGUAUUUGCCUAGCACGCUUUGUCGGAAGUGUGAAAGAAAUACAGGUGGGCUUGUACUGACAGUACCCGGCAAGCUAGUAUGCGGCGGCCUGGCGGGUGCAGUGGCUCAAUCAGUGUCCUACCCUCUAGACGUCACCCGACGAAGAAUGCAACUCGCCUGCAUGCAUCCUAGCACCGCUAAAUUCGGCAUGGGCAUGGUGAAAACACUGACGCUGAUAUACAAAGAGAAUGGAGUUGUCAAAGGUCUCUACCGAGGUAUGACAAUCAACUAUAUCCGAGCUAUCCCCAUGGUAGCGACAUCUUUCUCAACAUAUGAACUCAUGAAGCAACUGCUACAGUUGGACACCGGGAUGAAACUAUCAUAGACAUUGAUAAAAUAUAACGUAUUUUAUACAUUAUACUACUUAUAUGUACAUUUUCCAAAUUUUAUCUGUCCUAAUCGGUAAUGAUUUUUAUACCAUAGAUUUCAUUGUCAUGAUCUUAGAUUAAUGCCAGUUUGGAAAAUAACAAUGAAAUUCACUUUUUACCAUAUUUCGAAUCUAUAAAUUAUUGAGUAUAAUUAUAUGAAUUUGAGAUUUAAAAGUAAUCAGUUUGUAAAAUUUUGUUUUCGGAUUUUUGAAUAUAAAAAUGAUGCAUGUAUGUAAAAACUGUAACUAAAAUUUAAAAAGUUAUGUCAAAAAUAACACAAUUGUUUGAAACAGCUAGUAAUAUUUAUUAUAUGUUGGAUUCAUCAUUAUCCUACGACUAUGACGAAACGCUUUUAUGAAUCAUUAAAAUGUUUAUGGUAUUUUUUGUGUUUCACAAAGUAAAAGACAAAUUCGAACUGCUCAGCCGCUUUUCUGAUGUUGGUAAAAAAAUGUAUUUGUAAUGUAAGUGUAGACAAUUUAAUGUCAAAUUUACCUAAAUUUUACACAUAAUUAAAAAACAAAUUUGAAAAAAAAA